UGCUUCCGAGCGAGCGAGGAGAGAGAGAGAGCGGGGCGUACGGAAUGGGCAACACGAAAGCACCCGCGACGACAAGGAAGACGAAGAAGAAGGGGAGACCCUCCCUCUUGGACAUUCAGAGCCGAAGCCUCCGCCUCCAGCAGGAGAAGCACUGCGAUCCUAGCCCCGAUGGCGACAAUCGCAGAGCAGCAGGCGAUCGCGAAGAUUCCGACCAGGGGAGGCGCGAGAAGAAGCUCCGCCCCGUUCUUCGGCUUUCCGACAACCCUAACGCUGAUUCGGCUGCUGCCCGCUCUGAAUCGGACGAUGGAAGAACCCGAAAGGUCGGCCUCGUCCGGAAUGAUCCCCAGGCACAGAGGCAGAAUCCUACACUGAAAGUGACAGAUCUUCCACAAGAUUAUGGACCCACAACAUCAUUACCGGACAAAAAGUUAUUGGUUUUCAUCCUUGAUAGAUUACAGAAAAAAGAUAGUUAUGGAGUCUUUGCGGAGCCAGUUGACCCUGAGGAGCUUCCAGAUUACCAUGACAUUAUCAAGCAUCCCAUGGAUUUUGCUACCAUCAGAAAGAAAGUUUCAGAUGGAGUUUAUGGCAACCUGGAGCAGUUCGAGAACGAUGUCUUCUUAAUCUGCUCAAAUGCAAUGCAGUACAAUGCAUCAGACACAAUCUACCACAGACAGGCUCGGGCUAUUCAAGAACUAGCAAAAAAGAAUUUUUACAAUCUAAGACAAGAACGUGAUGACAAUGAACAAGAACCAAAACCGGCACGGAGAGGCCGGCCACCAACUAAAGAUAUUUUCAAGAAAAUAGGUCGUCCACCUAGUGUUGAUGCCAGAGAUACUCGUUACUCAGUCAAUUUCUCACCUGAUUUAUCACAAAAGGUAUUAGAUAAGACCACCUUAACCAACUUACCUACAAAAACUUGUGGCAUUCGCAAUACAGAAGCUCAUAAUUCGAACAGGAAUGAAGAUACUUCAGGUUCUUCCACAUCAAAAUAUUCAAAGAAGUCCGUUGUUAUAGAUGAAAACCGUCGUAAUGCAUUUACUGAAGCUCAGGAGCCGUCAGUGUUAACAACAUUUGAUGGAGAAAGAAAGCAGCUAAUUCCUGUCGGCCUUUACACAGAGCAUGCAUAUGCUCAGAGCUUAGCACGAUUUGCUGCAAAAUUUGGUCCUGUUGGAUGGGACAUUGCUGCUAGACGAAUUGAACAUGUUCUUCCUCGUGGGACCAAAUUUGGCCGGGGGUGGGUUGGAGAGAAAGAUGCAUCAUCACAAAUGUCUCAGCCGCCCCUGAUAUCGAUAUCUCCACAUUCUUUCCAGCCAGAAAAUACACCUUCCACGAGUGCAUCCAUAUCAGAAAAUGCAGUAGAUGAUACAGAAAAUGAAGUUAAAGCAAGAUCAACUCCAUCAGCUACCCCAUCUCUCCCUUGUAGAUACCUGGAUUCUGCCGAGUACAGUACUAGAGAUCGAGAAAGUUCUUCGAAACCACAGAGUGCAGUAGGUUUCCAUGGUACUUGGCAAAAGGUAGCAAAUCAACUUCCAAAAGUAGGCGCUAUGCAGCCUCCUUUGAAUGGCUUUAACACCCCCUUGGGGUUUAAUCAUCUUGCUCAUUCUGGGAGGACUUUCAAUGCAUCAUCACCACCCGGGAACUCUAGUUUUGAGGCAAUGGUAAUGCAUUCUCGAGUGCCAACGAACAUGCUUCCAAUAAAUAGCAUUCAACCAUCAACAAGUAAUAGGGUAAAUUCAGCUGCUGAUCCAAAUACAGUUUCCAGCUUUCUUCCUGAUGAUUCACAUGGUUGUCAGAGAACAAGGGAAGCCGUAACAAUGCCAAGGCCAGUUUCUUUUCCUCACAAUCUAAACUUAGGUUUUCACCCAACAGGGUCACCAGUUUCAGGUGUUCUAUUAGACUCCCAAAAUCCCAACCCAAACUUAGCAUUGGGACUGUGAAAUUGUGUACUCCCUUUCCCAUUUCUUUUCCAACCAUUGGUAGAGGUUAGACGAACUGGAGUGUACGCCUAUAGUUCAAAUAGAGCUUCAAUAGUGCAGGUACUUUUAACAGUUAUGGAAGAUGCCAUUGUAAAAGUAGAAGGGCGAUUGUACAGAUUAAUUAUUGGUGAUAUUGAUUGUUAACAUGAUGGCUGAUCAGGCACAAAAA